AUGCUGCUGCUAAGAAGAGGCCUAUCUAGGGGCCCCCCAGAAGGAGGGUCUAGGGCCCCCGCUGCAGCAGCAGAGAGCACUUGGAGGCCCCUUGCUGCUGAUCCUGCUGCAGCUGUAGGAGGUUCCCAGAACAAGGCAGCGCGGAGCCAGCGAGUGCAGCAGCUGCAGCAGCAGCAGCAACAGCAGCAGCAGCAACAGCAGCAGCAGCAGCAACAACAACGGCAGCGAACUUGCGCGAGACACAAAGCAGGGUCCUUUUCACGUCCAGGAGAGGAAGAGACGCCGACAGCUAUAGCAGGAACAGCAGCAGCAGCAGCAGCAGCAGCAGCACUUUUGCCUGGCGCCGCUGCUGCUGCGAGGCCUGAGGGUCAAGGGGCUCCCCAGGAGGCGAGGAUGGCUGGGGAACAGCUUAGCAUGCAACAACAGGAAUUGGCAGCAAUUGACACUGCUGGUGCUGUUGCUGCUGCUGGUGCUGUUGCUGCUGCUGCUGCUGCUGAAUCUGGUGCUGCAGCAGGAGGCCACAGGUGGCCGGGGCCCGUGAAGGCCCCGAGGGACGAAGCAAAAUCUAAGCCGCCGACAGCAGCAGCAGCGGAAGUAGCAGCAACACACGCAGCAGAAGGGCCUAGCCACCGAAACGAGGAGCCCGCUGCUGCUGCUGUGGCUCCCGUAGAUGCAGCGGUGAGACAACCAGCAACAGCAGCAGAAGCAGCAGCAGCAGAAACAGCAACAGCAGAAGCAGCAGCAGCAGCAGCAGCAGCAGCAUUUGCUGUGAGAUCCACGGCAGGGCUUUCCGGCGGAGGGCCCCUAGAAAAGCAAAGCAGCUUCGGUGGGUCUCAGCAGCAAGUGGGCACCUCACUACCAAAGGAAGACCUUGGGGUGCCCGUGCAGCAGCAGCAGCAGCAGCAGCAGCAGCAAUGGAGAAGCAAAUCUAGGGCGCCCUCAACGGAGAAGGGACUCCGUACCUCGCAUGGCUCCUUCGCGAGGCAGCAGCAGCAAAAGAGACAGCAGCGCUGCCUCACGCAGGAGCCUGUUGCUGCUGCUGCUUCUGCUGCUGCUGCUGCUGCUGCUAUACGUGUGGGCCUGAAAGCCGCGAGCAGCAAAGUGCUGCUGCCCAAAACCCUUGUGCCUCCGGCAGCUCUGGGGUGUGGGGCCCAGGGGCCCCUGGGGGCCCCCGUCCCGGACUGGGCCCCCCCCUCCCGGGGCAAGGGGGCCCCCCCUGCUGCUGCAGAGGGGCCCCUCCCUGCUGCUGCGUGGGAGCCCCCACCUGCUGCUGCAGGAGGGGCCCCCCGUGCUGCUGCGAGGCGGCCACCCCGUGCUGCUGCGAGGGGAGCCCGUCCUGCUGCUGCAGAGGGGGCCCACCCUGCUGCUGCAAGGGGGGCCCCCCCUGCUGCUGCAGAGGGGGCCUCCCCUGCUGCUGGGGGGGCCCCCCUGGAGUGCGGCGUGCACAGCGCAUGCAGCAGCAGCCCGGACAGGGAGUUUAUUGGAGAUGUUGUAAAUAGAUUUUUAUUUAUUUUAAAUUCUGUUUGGCCUUGGAAAGCAAAGAAGACUCAUAAUUGGGGAAGAAAGCUCGACGGCAAGCCCUUUACCCCGGAGCUCGCUGUCCAGGCGAUGCAGGAAGGAUUCAUCCCGUACAUAACGACGAACUUCGCCUCCACCUGCGGGCGGGAGCCGCUGCUGCAGCACCUGGACAUGUCUGUCCCGGGGCAAAGCCAAAUCCCCUUUUUAGGGUUUAGCAGCAAACACCGCAAAGUCCUUGGCAGCGGAAUCGGCAGCAGCUUUCUUUAUUACUCUGUCUUCCCAGGCAGCACUUUUCCCAUGCACUGCGAGCAAGGGGGCCUCGGCGCCUUCAACGCAGUUGUUGGCGUCUUGGCCAAACCCCUCAUACGCGCAUUCCGGGGGCCCCCAGGGGGGCCCCAGGGGGGCCCCCAGGGGGGCCCCCAGGGGGCCCCCCGCCCAGCGCGGCCCCCAAGGGGGCCCUGGGGGGGUCCCAAGGGGGCCCCCUGCCCAGCGGGGCCCCCAGGGGGGCCCGCAGGGGUGACCCCGGGGGGCCCCCGGGGGGGCCUCCGGCAAGGUGGGCCAGCAGGGGGGCCCCCGGGGGGGGCCCCAGAGGGACUUCCGGGGGACUCCGGCCCGGGGGGGCCCCCAGGGGGUCCCCGACCCAAGAAAUCCCCAAGGGGUGCUUUGGCCCAAGCGGGCCUCCGCUCAGAGGGGCCCCAAGGAGGGCCCCCAAGGGGGGGCCCCCCACGGGGAGACCGGCCCAGGGGGGCCCCCAGGAGGGUACUGCAGGGGCCCCCAGCGGGACUUGUAGACACAGCGGGGGCCCCUGCUGAAAGACAUUAA